UGGUUCUUUUGUCUGUGGGUUCUUUGCUGUUUGUCAGUUGUUUGUGUUUAUCUCUGUUAUUAUUUAUAUUUAUAUCUGAAAGAGGUUUUUGGUUUUCUUAUUCUCGACUUUUUAAAUUAGUCUAUAAUCUGUGUCCAUAAUAUAAUCUAAUAUCGUUAUAUUAUAACGAUAAUAUCGUAUUAUAUACCAUUAUAUAUAAAACUUAAAGUUGUCUCAAAAGUUCAUAAUUAUUGUAUAAUUAUUCGUACUUUUAUGAGUUGAAACACCAUUAUACUUUCCGUUUUGUGUUGUAAAACGAUAAUAUGGAAAAUAAUAAAGAUAUUUGCAAAAUUUUGCAACUUUCUGAUUGCGCUAUGAUGUAUAUUUUGUCAUUUUUGGAUGCUACCUCUUUAUUUAACUUGAGCAGGACUUGUUUAUAUUUCAAUAACAUUGUUAAAGACCCAAAAUUAUGGUUAUAUAUUGAUGGUAGAAAUAAACCCAAUACUACAAGUAAAGUAAAAUAUAUAUGUAAGAGAGUUCAUGAUAAAACUACUCAUUUACUCUUAAAGGCCGAGAACAGAUAUAAUGGUAAUGUUUCUCAGGAUUAUUUAUUAUCCUGGAGACGCUUUCAGCUUCUUACUGUUUUGGCAUUAGAAAAUCAGAGAUUUGAUGGUAGCAAUUUAAAAUUAAAUAGUUUUCCAAAAUCACUGGAAGAAUUAAGUCUCAAGAAAACCUAUAUUAAAAAUGGAAAGUUUUUUUUCCAAGGAUCUUUCCAAGGAAUGCGGAAUCUCAGAGUUUUAGUGCUAGAUCAAUGUAACUGGAUUGAUAGUAGUUCUCUUAUGUCAGUCGCUAAAUAUGAAAAUUUAGAAAUACUGUCAUUAGUUAAAUGUCUGAAAUUGCAUUUCAAUAUAAUGCCAUACCUGAGUGUGGCGAAACAUGGUUUUAAAAAACUUAAACUUAUAGAUUCAAGGUUAAAUACUAUCAGUAAUGAGAUUCUAAGGUCUUUCAACACUCAUAUAUCAGUAGUGGCCCUGUACUGCCAAAGUAUGAGAUCUUAUGAGCUAGAUAAAGGAAGGCCUUUGCUCAUGGAUAAAUAUCAUUCUUUGCGUAGUGAAAAUAAGCAAAUUCUUUUAGAGAGUAUCAUCAAAGAUGAAACUUUGGAACAAUUUUUACACACAGUAGGUAGCAGUUUGGAAUAUUUCCCAAAUAGUAUUUUAUAUCAAGAUCCUUAUCCAGACUGCUCUUGUGGUUAUGCAGAUAAGGUAAACCGAGAGGAUAAUGUUUCAAACAACGAGAAUGACAAUUCUGAAUUAUUAAGCAUGUAUGCAGAUGAUUAUAUCGAUUUUCAACCAUCUGACAAAUUUUUAUGCCGCAAACAUUUAGGUGAUUUAAAGAAAAUUUCCAGUGGUACUUCAUUGGAUAAUGAAAGUAAUAGGGAUUCAGCUUCUUCGCUUGAUGAUAGUAGCUCAGAUGACAGUGGAAACUGUUGUAUGUUUGGCAGAGAAAAAAAUAAGAAAAUAAUAGUUCUGAAAGUUAGGGAGGCGGACGAACGAGGGAAUAUGCCAGAAGCCGAAAUUAUUGACUUUUCUAAAGUCAAUAAUCUUAGGAAAAAAAAGAAUGAGAAUGAUACUUCAAAUAAUAUUGAAGAAGCAGAGAAAAGGAUAAAUGAUCCAGAACCAAAACCAAGUACGUCUAAGGAAGAAGUACAAAAAUCAUCACAGAAUUCUGGCAAAAGGAAACUAACUGAUAGUAACUCUGAGUUAUAUCAGAAGAAGAAAAAGUUUGAUGAAUCUACAGAAAGUAAUUUAGAUUUAUCAAAACCAAGUACAUCAAGCUUAAGUCACUCAAGCAAGAAGGAUAACAAAAAUACUGCCUCAGAUAGUGAUGCGGACAGUGAUUUAGAUUUAUCAAAACCAAGUACAUCAGGCUUAAGUCACUCAAGCAUGAAGGAUAACGAAGUUUUAAAAAAGACUGCCUCAGAUAGUGACGCGGACAGUAGUGAAGAAGACGCUAAAUUAGAAUAUAAUAGAGAACAAAAUGAAAACAGGGAUCGAAAUACAGAAAGGCCGCAACGUUUUUCAGCUCGACCUGCAUCUGCUUGGUUAUCGAUUUUCAGUGGUGGUAUUAGUAAAAUUAGAGUCGGUAUAUAUGGUUCAAAUCAGCUGUUAGAGCCUCAAGAUGAUCAGUUCCGUUUUAGAGAAAGACCUUUAAGAAAGGUCAGUAUAAGAAGGCUUUCCUUAAGGGGCUAUAGGGGAAUAACCAAUACGACAUUAGAACUUAUUAAAAACAUAAAUUUAAGUUUACUAGAUGUUACUUAUACUAGUGUGACUAAAGCUGCUAUUGAGGAAUAUUUGAUAUUUAAUCCAAAUUGCAGAGUUGUUCAUGAGAAUUUUUGUGUUUGUAAACCUAGGAUUCCAUGCUGAUUUAUAUAUAAAUCUUAAUUUUAAGUUUUUAUUUAUAUUAUUUAUUAAAUAUGGAAAUAUAUUUUUAUUUUGUUAAAAGUUUUAAUCAAUGAUUAUUAUAGAAUGUAUUUAUUUUUUUAAAUAUAGUCAUUAAUUUAUGUAGCUUAUAUAUAAUGUGAAAUUUCGUUACAUAGAAUACAUGUAGGGCCUUAGUGUAGAGCAUAAUAUAAUCAAGGACUAUUUUAAUUUUUAAAUAUUUUUUUUAAGAAUUUUACAUUUUUAAAUAGAAUUUUAGUGUUCUUUAAAAUAAAAUCCUUGUCGUUGAA